ACUGCGUCAUCAACUUGCGUCCAAGCACGGAGUGCUGACUAUAAUCUUCAGCAAAUCAGUGGCGUGGAACUGAGUAACUUUAGUUUCGUUGUCAUAUAGAAACACAUAAUUCAAUGAUUACUCAAUCGAAAUUGUCAUUACUCCUGUUGACAGUAUAAGCUAGCAUGACAGUGGAGUUUGCUUACUUAGCUACUAUCUAGCUAGCUCGGUCAUGUAUCGAUAUGUCUAACGUUAGUUUCCAUUAGGUAGCUAGCAAGCUAUCUUACUCUUAACUAGAUAGCCUUAGCCUAUCUAUUUUGCUAGCUAACUAGCAGUUGUUUACAUGCGGUUUAUAACAUUAUUCUUAUUUUAACAGUCAAUGCAGUUGCUAUCAUGUUAGGCAUUUCUGCCGGUAAAAACACAUUUAACUAGUUGGCUGUUUUGUACGCACAAGGCAGUCCACGUGUGCGAUUCUGGAGCUUUUUGUUAAUUAACUUGCAUGUUUUGUGGAUCAAAGUUGAAAGGCAGUAGGCAGUUGAUCAAAGGCAGUAAAGAUUAUCGCCCACAAGUGAUUUUCAAUAACGGGGUGCAAAUACUAUGCCUCCACAAAAGAAGAAUGGAAUUCCAGACAGGUGGAUGGAAUACCAGGCCGUCGGGAAAAGAAUCCCCGGGACCCGGUUUAUCGCCUUUAAAGUUCCCCUGAAUAAGAACCUGAGGAAGCUGCUGCCCCCUCUGGAAGCCUUUGGCCCACAGGACCUGGUGAACUUGGUGGAGCAGGAGAAGGACACUCUGGGCCUGGUUAUAGACCUGACCUUCACCAAACGCUACUACAAGCCAGAGGAUCUGCCAGACGGUGUGCAGUAUCGGAAGAUCUUCACGGAAGGACACAGAGUUCCCAGCGACCCUACCAUCCUAAGCUUCAAACGGGCAGUGCAUCGCUUUCUCAGGGAAAACCAGGACAACGAUAAAUUGAUAGGAGUGCACUGUACCCAUGGGCUAAAUCGCACAGGCUAUCUGGUGUGCAGGUAUCUGAUAGAUGUUGAAGGCAUGGAUCCUGCGGAGACCAUAGAGUUGUUCAACAGGUCGAGGGGCCACUCCAUAGAAAGGGAGAACUACAUACAGGACCUGAAGUCAGGGCCCAAGAGAAGCAAUCGGGGCAUUGAGCAGCCGGACGAGGAGCCUGUUUGGGGCCCCAGACCAGACGGUUCCCGGUUUGUGGCACGCGCACACCAGCACUUCAACACGCGACAGCCAUUUCCUGGCCCCUACAUCCCUCCCUAUCAGAUGGGUUUACCGCCACCGAUGGAGGGCUAUCUGGGACCCCGCUUUCGCCCUCCCCUACUCCCACCCUAUAGGACAGGGCCCCCAAGGCCGCCCAAUCAGGGGCCAGACUGGAACGGCCCCUGGCCUCCCUGCCCCGCCCCGUACCUCAUGCCCCCGUGCUACGCCUACGGGGAGCCCUGGCAACCCUCGAACGGCUGGCUCCCUCCCGCUGGCUUCCCACCAGGGCAUCAGGGCAGGCCCCCCAGGCCCCAGAGGCCCCAGAGGAAGCUGCGGAACAAGGCCCACAGAAAGGACAGGCCCUGAGGCCGCGGGCAGAGAAAGCUGGGACUCUGGAGCUGCCCCUCUCUGGAGCUGGAGCUGCCUCUAUCUCUAGAGUUGUCCCUCUCUCUGGAGCUACCCCUCUCUCUGGAGCUGCCCCUCUCUCUGGAGCUGCCCCUCUCUCUGGAGCUGCCCCUCUCUCUGGAGCGGCCCCUCUCUGGAGCGGCCCCUCUCUGGAGCUGGAGCUACCCCUCUCUCUCUAGAUCUGCCCCUCUCUCUCUAGAGCUGCCCCUCUCUCUAGAGCUGCCUCUCUCUCUUGGGCGGCCCCUCUCUCUCUGGAGCUGCCCCUCUCUCUCUGGAGCUGCCCCUCUCUCUCUGGAGCUGCCCCUCUCUCUCUCUAGAGCUGCCCCUCUCUCUGGAGCAGCCUCUCUCUGGAUACACAUCAUGGAGUGUUCUGCACAUGUGCGUUUAGCCUAAGUUAAUUUACCCCCCCCCCCCCCCCUGCCAAAACAAGAAGUGGAAUGAUUGAUCCCAGUCGGUUGGUUAGAGACCAGUGAUAUCAUCUAACCAGAAAGAAAAACCUGGGAAAUUGAGUUCCUGUGGUCUGGGUGGGAUUAUGGACUUCAAUGAGCUGCUUUUAAACGUGAAUACUGACUUGCAGAAUUUCUUUCUUUUUUUUUUUUAUCCCCCAAAUUGGAUUGAAGUGGUGGACUCUUUUAAUUAUUUUAUCUUUUAGCCAGGCUAACAGAUAUUUUAUUUGUACUGAACAUUAUGAUUUUAACAAGGAAAAUAUACUACAUAAUAUCUGGAUGCUGGAGAUGGUAAUAAGAAGGUUCACAUUGCCCGUGAAUGGUGAUGCCAUUCUUUUUGUUAAAUGUAAUUACAGUUGAAAACUAGAGAAAUGGUUCUUGGCUCUUUGCUAUAUCAUGAACUCCUUAAUAGCAAUUUUUAAAAAAAACUUUAAAAAAAAAACAUUACGUACAAGCCAUUUCAGUUUGUUUAACCUUUCUUGCUGAGUCCUUGAAGUGCCUACAGAUAUAACUUAUUUUUGUCUCCAAAGAUUUAAGAUGUAUUUCAGUGCCGAAUUAAAACCCCUGACUCUGAACCCUGAGGCUAAAUGAUAUUCAUUGGGUAGGCUUGAAUAAAACUGGUGUACAUGACCAGCGCCAUUUUGAACGCUCUUGCUCAUUCAUACCUGGGUUGUGUGUACAUAUCCUUGCCCGCCUAUUUAAAUGUUUAAAAAGGUCCCCUGUUAUACCACGUUUUGCCAUUUUUUAAUUAUUCCACAAGGUCUUCGUAAACUUAUUGAUAAUGAUUUCUAAGGCCCACAUGCAUCAGUAUUCUCUUCCUGCUUUUCGUAGCCAAAACGCCCACAAAAGGGUCACACAGUCUAACCCCGCCCCCAGAACCCAAUUCCCCCUCCCGCUUCCUGUGGUCAGCUUUCUGUGUCAUUUACCAAGUCACAUUAAUUGUGGGCCUUUAAGGGUAAAAGAAUAUUGCGAUGCGUUUACAUCGUAUGAGUGGUGGCCAUCCCUGGCCCUCGAUAGGUAGCAGCCUAGUAUUUCAUUUACAGAGCUCCUUAAUAAACUUAUAUUACCAUAUUACCUGAC